GUGGGCAUUACGGGUGAAACGAAACCAGACGUAGGCUACACUACUUUCGUUUCCUCUCCGUGGUUAUAAAGGAUGUCAGCUGCGGUCCUCGCAACAGUUCCAGAAGUUUGGAGCGAGCACCUUCCAUCGUCGAUGCAAAGUGAGGCUGUGCAAUUAGCAGGUGUCAUAGCUGAUAUGAAAAUGCCGAAACCGGCUGACCCAACACGAAAGAAGGGGGCGACUGGCAGACCUGCUUCUGAGGGCCAACAGCCCAGUCCUGACCUCCCGAAUGACAAAAAGAGCAGCACGUCUCUGGACCAGCACUAUGAGGAGAAGGUGCGCCCAUGCAUCGACCUGAUCGACUCCCUGCGCUCGCUGGGUGUGGAGGAAGACCUGGCUCUGCCCGCCAUCGCUGUGAUCGGAGACCAGAGCUCUGGCAAAAGCUCCGUACUGGAGGCCCUGUCUGGGGUGGCACUGCCCCGGGGGAGCGGUAUUGUGACCCGAUGCCCCCUGAUUCUGAAACUGAAGAAGGUGAAGAGGGGACAACCUUGGGCGGGAUUUCUGACCUUUCAACAUAACAACAAAAUGUCCAAAUAUGACCUCACAAGCCCAGAUGAAGUGGGGAAGGUGGUCGACAGUGUUCAGAAAAUUAUCGCCGGGAAGGGAGAGGGGAUCAGCCAUGAAAUGAUCACACUGCAGAUCGAGUCCACGGAGGUCCCUGAUAUCACGCUCAUUGACCUUCCUGGGAUUGCCAGGGUUGCCGUGGGUAACCAGCCAAAAGAUAUUGGUGAUCAGAUUAAAAGAAUGAUUCGCGAUUACAUCAGUAAACAGGAGACCAUCAGCUUAGUGGUGGUGCCAGCAAACAUUGACAUUGCCACAACAGAAGCUCUGAAAAUGGCAAAGGAAGUUGAUCCAAGUGGACAGAGAACUCUGGGUGUCCUGACCAAACCUGACCUGGUGGACAAAGGGACCGAGGAGACUGUGGUCAACACCGUCAACAAUCUGAUAGUCACCCUGAAGAAAGGCUACAUGAUGGUGAAGUGCAGGGGUCAGCAGGAGAUAAACGACAGCCUGACCCUGGAGGAGGCCAUCCGCAAAGAGAGGGCCUUCUUUAGAGACCACCCUCAUUUCAGGACUCUCUUGGAUAAUCGGAAGGCCACCUUUCCCUGCACAUGGUGAAAUAUACUUUUCUUUUCAUCUUUAUUUUUCCUGGACAUUUUAUGGCAUUUCCAGAAAUCCCUCCCAAAUCUGGAACAACAGAUUGAUCAGAAGCUGGCACAGACAAAAGAAAAGCUGAGGAUCCUGGGAGAUGGAGUUCCUCAGGAUCAGGCGCAGAUGACUAGCUUUCUGGUUGAGAAAAUAAGCAAAUUUAACAGACUUCUCAUGGAAAUAGUCCAGGCAGAGGAAGUGGUGGAGAAGGGUGAAACCAGGGUGUUUACCAGAAUCCGAUCCCACUUCAGCAACUGGAAGACACAGCUUGAGAUGAAAGCCAACAAACUUGACGAACACCUCCGGGAUGAAGUGGAGGAGUUUGCUCGGUCCCGCAGGGGGAAGGAACUGCCUGGAUUUGUCAACUACAAGACCUUUGAGGGGAUCGUGAAGCACCACGUCCAGGACAUGGAGGAGCCGGCUGUAGUGAUCCUGAGGAACGUCGCAGAAAUUAUCAGGUCCAACGUGAACAAGAUGGCCGCCUCUCACUUUGAAGCUUUUCCGAACCUGCUGCGGGUGACGAAGGUGCAUGUGGAGGACCUGAGGGAGCAGGAGAACCGGAACGCUGAGGAGAAGCUGCAUGGGCAGUUCAGCAUGGAGAAAACCGUGUACUCCCAGGACUCCCUCUACAGCUACCAGCUCAACGCCGUCAAACAGAGGGGCACAUGCUUGGGGGUGGCGCCUAAUGCAGACAUCAAAGAGAUGACCCAGCACGUCAACGCAUAUUUUAAGCUGGCCUCUGAUCGGCUGGCCAAUCAGAUCCCUCUGAUCAUACACUAUCACCUGCUGGACAAGUACGUUGAGCGCCUGCAGAUAGCCAUGAUGGGGAUUUUAGGGCAAGACCAUAGCGUCGGCUGGCUUCUGCGAGAAGACUCCAACAAGAGCCGGGACAGGGAGGCCCUGGUGGGCAGCGUGGAGAGACUGAGGAAGGCUCGGCAGCUGCUCGCCAAGUCUGUGCUCAUAUAGCCAGCAGGGGGCACUACAGUGCCCUUCUGAAUGUUCCCUUAUGAACAACUGAUUUUUUUUAGUCUAGCUGAAAAUAUUCACGGUGCUGCAGAUCUGCAUUUUUAUUCUUUUAUUCACUUGUUAGCAUUGUAUAGAGAUAGCUAUAUAGCAGCGAAGCCUUUUGUUUGGGAAAUGUAACGUUUCACUUUCCUACAGUUUGCAGGUAGCCUAAUAUUAUGAAUUUUUUUCACCUUGAAUAAUAUAGACCAAUGUUGGGUCACUGUUGGAUAUCUUUGUUACCUUUAACUGGGGCAAUGAAAAUUGUGACAUUGAAGACUACAAUUUCUUUAAUAAACUGUCAUAUAAUGA